UGUCAAGUGCGCCCACCGAAAUCACGUCAAAGACCAUGCGCCCUUAUUUGGGUGCCUUGUUUGUUUCCCAAUCGGGACGUUCCUUUGUUACGGCUACAGUAAAACCAUUGUACUCCAUUGGCGGUUCCCAUUGUGUCCCUGCAUGUAUGCUCGGAAGGCCAUUGUUCUGAUCGUCCGCUUCACUGUCCGCCAUGGAACAAUCGCUUAACUCGGACAAAGGCAUCAUCGAGUGACUGUCAUCAACACCCGGACGGCCGGGUAUAAAUUCGCGUCGCGAGGUUCUCCGUUUCUUCAAGCAGCUCCUCGAGUUACUUUUCAUUCGCUCUCUUGCGCCUGUCUGCAACCCUCCCCUUCGCCUUCCCGUUGCAAACGUCACCGUCUUUACCACCCAAUAUCUAUCAUGCGCUUCUCCGUCCUCGCCAUCAUCUCCCUUUUCGCGGCCUCCACCGCUGCGACUUCUAUCCGUCGCCAGUACCCCACUUGCGCACAAUCCUGCCUGGCUAACGCCGACACCGGAAACUGCGCUUCUGGCAACAACGACUGCCUCUGCCAUAACAGCAACUUCAUUCAGAGCACCUUUGGGUGCAUUGAGACGUCUUGUCAGGGCACCGACCUGGCUCAGGCCAUUUCGGUCUCGUACCAGUUCUGUCUUGCCUCGGGUGUGACCAUCUCAUCCGCUAUUGGUGCUGAGUUCUCCGCCACCGCGUCUCUUGGCAAGAGCAGCUCGGCAGCGGCACCGGCUUCGACUACAUCCAACGCACCUGCGGCAGCAUCGUCCACCGCACCUGCAUCCUCGCCUUCUCCCUCUAGCUCCGUUUCGAGCCCUUCACCAUCCCCGACUGGCGGAGCGGUCUCUGUCACCGGAAACACGGCUUUGGUCGGCCUCGUUGCCAUCGUUGCCGUUGCACUGGCUCUCUAGUGCGCCUCAUCGAACCCGUUUCCUCAUUGGCUCUGUAAUUUAUCGUCUCCUUCGCCUGCGCUAUGCGCAUUCACCCACACAUACCACUUCCACUUAUUUGACCCGCCGCCUUUUGGCUGCCAUGCAUGCACUUCACGGACUGUAUUAUACUACCUGAUGACCCUGUUGCCCACUAUAUUUUUAGUACCUGCUUGUUGAUCCUGCACGAACGAACGACCCCAUUUGAAUUUCC